AAGUCAGGGAUCAGUAGCUUGCUUGGUUGCUAGUGGUCAGGAGUAGGCUCUUCACAUCCCUGGCCAUAGCAGAAUCGACCUAUCCUAUCCAUUCGCGGUCCUUCCGUUUGGCCAGUCUUUAUGUUUGCUUGAGUUCUGCUUUCCACACGCCACGCUAGGUUAUUUUAGAAUUGCGACCGACUUGCCACCGACCUACGUGCGUAAGUCUUCGACCUAAGGCGUCUCUUUUUACCCUAAGCCACUUCCAGUCGCCAGCGUCUAAUUUUACUACGUUGGCUCCUCAGUAGCUACUUCCGAUGUCCGCCAUGGCACUCGAAGCUUCCUGUCGUCAGAGUCUGCUCGCAUUACCGGCAACCCUCUUUAGUCUGGAUCAUGCUCAUCCACGAACUGCUUGUGAUUCUCAAAAGCUCCUGUCAGGCUCGCAAUUCCUAGGUCUCCAGCUAUCUCAGGGCAGUUUGCGAGGGGAACGAGUUCGCGUUUCCGGCAUUAGAAUCACUCGUUCUAGAGGUGCUCCGAGUAUUGGCCGUCGAUGUGGAAGUAGAUGGCUCCCUAGAGCGGCAGCUCAGCCUGGUCCUUUCUCAAGCCGGAAUUCCUCCAAGCAAUCUCAGCCUCCUCGGGAUGUUAGCGCAUCGGUUGGCGUCGCUCCUCGGAGCAUCGCUGUUUCUCCUAACAUUCCGUUGAAUCAGGAGCUGCUUCAGCAGCAGAAACAGCAACAGCAACACCAGCAGCAGCAGCAGCUACACGAGACUCAGCAGCGGCUGGAGCAACGGCUUUCACGCGGGCCGGCGAAAUCCCGGACCUUAACCGACCCAGCCGUUUCGGCCGCUCAGCGUCUCACGGAAAACUCUUCCCGGCUGCAUGAUCUCCUCCUGCAGCUCGCCACAGCCCAGACUCUCGACGAAAAGGAUUCAAUCGUCAGCGCGGACCCACGAGUGCGUGCGAUCUUCCCUCAAAUGGGAGAUUCGUCCCUUGGGAAAUACGUCAAGCCGGCCGUACGGAUGGCCAUGGAGGCGUGCAGCCGGGAGGAGGUCUACCUGCUAAAAUGCCUCGUGGCGUCCGGGCAAGAGCAUCUGCUGGACACUCCGAUUGCCUGGGCAGAAGGCCUGGACGCGAUCGGGGAGAGGGCAAAUCACCAGUCGGAAUUCUCGACUGAGGCGUACUUCAUGAGUCAGAAUGCGGAUGGCAAUGCUGGCAGCAGCGGCAUUGAAAGCAGGAGCGAUAAGUGUGAAGGGAGAGCGACGGGCGAAAGCAGCGCCAAGGCCAGAUCAGGUGGAGGAGUCAAGGAGGCCUUUUCCAUGCUCGCGUCCAUGAUCGACGGCUGGGAUGCGCAGUUAGACGCCCCGCGGGCAGCUCUCCCUGUAAUUUUGGCCGGGCUCGACAACCCUGGCGUGUUCCCUGCUCCGCUGAUGGACCUGAUCGACUGGGAGGACCGCCGAUCGGCGCAUAACGCGGGUGUUUCUGGAGGUAAGGGCCAGGAGGACGCGUCCCCGUUAUCGUCGUCCUCGGUAUCGUCGUCGCUGUUCGCGCAGUUCAUGGAAGGGCUGGAGUACCCGAGCGUGUUCGGCGCUCCGCUGCUGGACCUGGUCGACUGGGAGAAGCAGUGGCAGAUGGACGGCGAUGCAAACUCUCUCAGUAGCAGCAGUGGCAGCAGCAGCAGCAGCAGCAGCAGCAGUGGAUUUGUGAGCGACGGUGGUAGCAGCAGCAGCGGGUCGGAGGAUAAUGCUGGCUAUUCGAGGGGGCGGGAGCCACGCGCGCAGCUGCAGACGCUUCUGGCGAUGCUGCAGCGAGUGGAGAAGUUCUACGACGGCAUUGGCGGCAUUAUCGGGUACCAGUCGACGUGUCUGGACCUCAUUCAACAGUCCGUCGCUGCUUCCCAAGCAGCAGCAGCAGCAGCAGCAGCAGCAGCGGAACUGGCGUCAGCAGCACCUCAAGAAACCCCCUCACUUGCAGUAGCAGCAGCUCCACCAGCAUCUCUGGUAACAGCAGACGACACGAGCAGCAUCGCUAAUGAAGGAGAGAACGAAGAACCCUGGUUCGAAUCCCAGCGGCGGUUCUUUGUUCCCCGUGGCCAAGACCUGGCCAGUGAUCCGGAGUUCGCCUCCCAGGCGGCGUUCUGGGGCUUGAGAUCGCUGGGCCUGGUGGACGAGGAAACGGGAGAGAGCCUGCCAGUGGCGAUGCUGCCGUACUGCGGCCGCACGCUGCUGCACGGGCUGGUCAGAGACCUAGAG